CAUCACUCUCCCGGGAGAAUAUUCACUAAACACUGGACUUUUGUUACUAUUUCGACCAACUUCAGAAAUGAUCCGCAUCAACAACACCCAGUACUUCCACUUCCUGCAGCAGGCCAAUGCCUUACGUCGCUCAGGGUUGUUCUGUGAUGCCGUCAUCACGGUAAAGAGUCAAAUUUUCAGGGCUCACCGACUCGUACUGGCAUGUGCAAGCAGAACACUGGCACAGCAGCUAGCCCAGGAAGAUGUAGACAGUCCAGUCCACUGCACUUUGGAGUAUUUCUUACCUCGCACCUUCCAGCAGGUCCUGGAUUUCACCUACACCCAGACUCUUGAGGUGUCUGAGGAUGACCUGCACCUGCUGCUGAAAGCUGCGCAGCUAUUGGAAAUGCAGUCACUAGAGGACCAGUGCCGGAAGCAGCUUAACACCCUCGACUACAGAGAAGCGGCCAAAAGAAGAGAAAUUACAGAUGUGAAAGAAGAAAAAGAAAGUGCAGAGGAGACAGAUCAAAAGGAAAAGGCAAAUCUAAUGCAAGAAGAGAAACUCCAGGAAACUUCUCCCGAAGGGAAGGAGGCCAGUGACAGAAUUGUCACAAAAAACCUCUCCCCCCUUGAUACUGCUAAGAGCCACAACAGUCCACCAUCCCCAAGAAAGAAGGCUAGACUGUCUCCCGUGUCAGCAAUGCCCUACAACAGAGACAGUGUCAUUACCAGGCCUAUCAAUGGCACAUCUUCUUUCUCUUCUUCUCCGUGGACUUUACCUACAAACAUGUGGGACUCUGUGAACACCCUGAAGCGCAUAGCAGAAGAUUAUUCAAACUUGAUAGCAGCUCACCCCCUCCAGACCCGAAACCAGUCCUCUGUAGCAUACCCAAUCUCUUUCUCCACUCCCCGUAUGCUCCCUUUACUGGGCCCCCAUUUUCAAACCCCGGCUCACAGCUCUGCAAUGAGCUACUCGAGCUUCUAUCCACGAUAUACACCAAACUUUUACACUGGGCCUACAAGGGUGGGGAGCAUAAUCAAACAAGGCCUUUUGAAAAGAAAAAAACCCAGCCAGAAACCUUUUACUGGGACCAUCCAAUCUAAUGAGCUGAGUUACUCUGAAGUGCCGAAAGCCAGUGCAGAGAGAGAUAAAGACUGCCAGCACUGCACUCUCGUUGGUGAUCCAGGUCUGCGGGAGUCAGCGUCCACGCCUUCAGAUGUGGCCUGUGCAGGGUGUAGGUUCUGUGGAAGAGGAGAUGCAGCACAGCAUGAAACACAAUCCCAUCGACAAGACCACAGGGGAGAAAAACCCUACCAGUGCCAACACUGUCCCAAGAAGUUUAGUCUGAAACAUCAACUGGACACACACCACAGAGUUCACACUGGGGAGAAACCCUUCGAGUGUCGUCUCUGUGGUCAGCGCUCACGGGACUACUCAGCCAUGAUCAAGCACCUGCGGACGCAUGGCGGGGCCGCUCCCUACCAGUGCACUGUGUGCCUGGAGUUCUGCAGCAGCCUGGUCGCCAUGCAGAGACACGUCAAAAUUCACGCAGUGCAGGACUUCCCCCCUGACUGGAGCAUCAACAGCACCUACCUGUACACUUCACACAUCUGAGCCACACCUUACAACACUCUGACCUCCGUCAACACAACGUUCUCAUUGGCUUAGCUUCAUAUUGUGUUUUUCAUUUGAGUCACAAGCAUUUGUUUUCCUGGAAGAAAAAAUCAUGAUGAUAUCUGAAAGACCCAGAAGGUCCUUUAACAACAUUUAUCAUUGUUUUGAAGGUAUCAUAAUACAUGAGAUGCACAAACUUCACAGCAAUAAAUUCUAUGCAAACUGAGACUGCAUUGCAUCCACAUUCACAACAACAGAGAAAUGUGGCACUAAUUUCCAAUGACAGAAAAGGUUUUACUAUUGUGUUUUCCAUUUAACAUUAUGUCAUGUACGUGCAUUAAAACCACAUUAACAGCUCAAUAAAUGACACAGUACUCUUCC